AUGCGGCAGCUUGAGUCAAUUAAUCCAAAGAUUACAGCCUACCUGGUCGAAGUAAACCCGGCCACCACAUAUGGUACUUUCACGAAGUUAUCAAGCAAUUAUGAGAAAAUUUUGAAGAAUAUGAGUAAUGAUUUGAGAAAUUUCACGGUAUCUCUUAUAAAUCAAACCAUUUUUUUUUCUAUUCGUGGUGACUGCUCGUCAUUUAUUGUUGAUAUGAAACAACGUACAUACAUAUGCAGGACAUUUCAAGUAGAUCAAUUACCCUACCCACACACUGUGGCUAUUAUUGUAACGACAAAGAUGGAUCCAUAUGAUUAUUGUUCAUAUUUCUACACGAGAGAUGCAUACAUUAAUGCAUAUCAACAUACAGUAUUUCCAGUUGGAAAUCUCAAUGAGUGGACAGUGCCUGAUAAAGUUCUAGAUGUAGUUGUGCUGGCACCCAACAAAAAAAGUACAUGA